AUGGACGGUCUUCUCAUUAAUACUGAAGACACAUAUACCGUUGCUGCCAAUGAAAUACUGGCUAAAUAUGGAAAGGGACCUUUAACAUGGGAUAUUAAGCUAAAAUUACAGGGUUUACCUGGAAGAGAGGCUGGUGAAAAACUGAUUGCAGCAUACCAAUUACCAAUCACUUUUGAAGAAUUAGAUAAACUUAAUGUCGAGGUCCAAAACAAGUUAUGGCCUUCAAGCAAGUUUCUUCCAGGUGCCAAAGAAUUGAUUACUUACUUACAUAGAAGAAAAAUUCCAAUUGCUCUUUGUACUUCUUCUUUUAAGAACAAGUUUAUUGCCAAAACAAGUCAUUUACCUGAAAUGAACAAUUUUGAUGUUAUUGUUACUGGGGAUGAUCCAAGAAUUCCAAAAGGUAGAGGUAAACCGCACCCAGAUAUCUGGGAAUUAGGGUUGAAAUUAUUAAAUGACAAGUUUAAUGAAAAAAUUUCUCCAGAAGAAACUAUUGUAUUUGAAGAUGGAAUUGCUGGAGUUAAAGGUGGAAAAACAUUUGGUUCACAAAUCGUUUGGGUUCCACAUCCAGAGGCAUACGAAUAUUUGGGUGAUACUGAUGCAAUCUUGGAUGGCAGAGGUGAACUUUUGAAGUCUCUUGAAGAUUUAGAAAAGACUAAAUACGGUUUAUAA